CGCCCAGAGAAGAAGCACGCUACUAUCAAAAUGACUACUAUACUAGGAAAAUGGAAAGGAGAAAGCCAAGAAAACAUGGAAGUGUUGCUGAAAGCUAUCGGACUCCCUGAAGACAAGAUACCAGUUAUUGUGAGUGACAAGCAAAUUUUCAAUAUCUCAAAAGAUGGGGAUUACUUCACCUUUGAUGUCACUUCUCAAAUUACUGGUAACGCAAAGACCAAGUUCAAAGAAGGAGAACCGUAUGAAGCACCCACUCUGACAGGAGGAAAUAAGACAUUUGUUGCCACGAAAGAAGGAGAUAAAGUUCACGUACGUCAACAAGAUGGACCACUGGAGCGUAUCUACGAGAUUGUGGGUGAUAAAAUGCUGCUAACCAUCAAAGCUGGUGACGCAUCUGGCAAGAUUUACUUCAGCAAAGUGUAAAAGAUUGCAUAUGGUGAUGGUAGCACGGUGUGUCCGAGAACUCAAAUAUCCUCAAAAUCAAUCAAGAAACAAGUCACCAAGAUCAAGUAUAAACUCAUUUGACUUUUGUUCUGAAAUAGGUAUUGUAUUACAAUGUGACUGGGGAUGGCUUGAGUGAAUAAAGGCUAUAGAAACUUAA